AUGACAGGUUCCACAGUUGUCCUGCACGUCUAUGACCUGAUCGAUCAGACGCCACUUUGCUGCGGCUUUUUCCACACUGGCGUGGUCGUGCGUGGAGUAGAGUGGUCAUUUGGUUUACGACAGGCUACUCAUUACCUCUCCAUGCGACCCGAUUACUUGAUCUUGGCUGACAACAAAAAGGAGAUACUUACUGACAUGUGUUGUGAUGUACUACAACACAUUUUUGAUAUCAUUAAAGCAUUAGCUAGGAUGUACAUUAUAAUCACAUUUUGAUGAUGAUGAUGAUGAUGAUGAUGAUGAUGAUGAUGAUGCCCCCCCGGGCUCUAGUGCAAAAGUAUGACGCCAGCCGCUGAGUAGCAAGCUACGGCUUCUCCCAUUCAACGUCAGCAAUCUUCUCAGACUAAGCAGGCCCCAACGCCUUCCAUUUUGAUGGAUCAUGAUUCAUCUACAGCUGGCGGCGGUAUUGCAGGCGGGAGGCCCGGUGCAAAUUUGCCAGACGGAUGUCGGUUCAGAGAAGCACUUGAGAUAGGGACCAUCGAGCACAACGCAGAUAUCGGACGAGCCAUCGAUAGAAUUCGGCCAGAGUUUCCAUCAGAUAGCUAUUCUUAUGGGCCACACCAGUGCUCUUACUAUUGCUGCAAUCUCCUUGUCUAGAACCACCCAUGGGAAUCUUCCUCGACUACUUCCUCUUAUCGAGGAGGAAGUGAAUGAAGAUCAGCAGAGUGAGUAGUUUUCAUGACGGAGAGCAAGAAUGCCAAUGCUGCAGCAUGCUCUAAUCCUGAGUCGUUUUCAACAACUGCAACGAUUUCUCCAACCGAAUGUGCGAAGCUUUACUUAUGAUGCAAAGCCCAUUCUGAUUCUCCAAGCGGCUAGGCUAGCAGUUGUCUCAAGAAAAGAUUCUACAACACGGACACAAGUUUAUAAGUAAGUAGCAUGUUGUUGAAGUUGAAGGCUUGCAGCUCUUGAGAUGUCAGACCGUGAAGAUCAUGAAUUUGUUGAGGCACAACACGAGCACCAACACCCUGUAUCACGUAUCAGUAUCUGACUCUGCCUCAGCCUCAGCCUCAGCCGCAGUUGUGGCUCUAAGAUACUGCGCAAAGGUAUUCCUGGAUACAUAAAUCGCUUGGCUCGACUUGGUAGACACUGGCCCUGUCGAUACUUCAUCCCCGUCCAGUACUAUCCGCCGUCAGGGGUAGUUGGUACUUCUACUUUCAAGAUGUUCAUGAUCUUCGUAACGUUGAUGUUUUUUUCAAUACAUUGGCGAGUUCCUGACGUGGGAGAUGUGCGUAGACGUAGAAGUACUUUUAAGUGGCUGAGUUAUUUCGUGGAAUACAAGUUGUCUAGCCCAUUUUUAGUACGUGAUGCUGGCUCUACGAGGAUGCGGACGCGGUAGAUGGUCAUGCUGAAACUCAAACAGAAACAUUGUGUUGAAUCUCUAUCAUUUUCAUCUUCGUCCAGAUAUUCCGCGAGCCCCUCUUCUGCCCGGCGGAGGAAAUCGUGUAGACGGCGAGUCGACUGUCGCAUGGCCUUGGCGCAUGUGGGCUCGGGUGAAAUUAGCUCUCGUUCGUUUUCCCACGAUAUUAAACCGGGAACAGCAAGGCAGUCACGAGCAGGUGGACUCUGAGGCGGCGCAGCUCACCGGAGUAUCAGCGCGCGACCUUCAACUUCGCGCCGCAGAAGGACGCUCACGACCCAGCAAUAGUGUCUGACCGCUUCACUAGUGCCUCGUCCUAAAGUCGAGUUCAGCGCUCGUUUGCCAUGGCGAGAUAGAGGGCCGGAUAAACGGCGCUGCUAUCGGCCGAAAAAGCUCGCUUUUCCGAUCUUUAGACUAGAUGACGACAUGAUUGCACCAAGCUGGUCUAGGAACCUCCGAAUCGAAAGGAACCCAGAGGAUGCGUUUGCCACGGAGGACGAAGAUGCAAAUAUAAACAGCCACUCUCCGCCUCGGAACUGCGGUUACGACUCCGAUUACUGAUCAUCACGGCCCAGGAGCUCAAAGAGGGCAAGUUGGAACUAGAGAGGCUUGCCAACUGAUUACUCGAAGUGACGCGCACUUUUUGUGAUCCCCAUGUGGGAUUAACAUGAGGGCGAAGGGAUCAUAAUAUUUGAGGGAUCUCACAAUCGCUAGAAAUGUCAAACAGUGGAGGUCAAUGACCUCCCUGUUGCGGUGUUGAUUUUAUUCGAGCACCCAGGACGAUCAAGGUGGAAAUAUCCUAGCUUGUUUCCUUUUCCCAACAUACACUUGUCGCUCAGAAAAUUUGAUUUUACCUACGAAGUGAAGCACCUCGCUGUUGUAGCGAAUAUCAACAAUUACACAU